UUUCAACUACACAAAUUAAGACAUUUGGUAUGUACACUUGCAUAUAUACAGAUAUCGUGAUGUUAUAUCACCAUGGCCUCGAGGGCAGCGUGUACGAAGUCAGCGAGGAGUUCGACUACCCUGGCAGCGCUGACAGUGAUCGUAAUGACGGGGGUUAAUGGUACUAGUAAAAUCAUAGUAUUAGUGUGUUGGCCGCCGUUCAAAGCAGAGAAAGAGAAAGAAAGGGACAGAGAGAUGGCGAUACAUCUGUGCUUGACAGGUGUGUUGGUAAACCGGGCUUGGAUUUGAUACACAUCGGAGAGUGGGUGGAGGGUGAUGGCAAUAGAUGAAGGUAGUCAGUCAGUCGGCGCCCGGUCGCGGCGUCGACAACUCGUUCCUCGCUCUUCGCAUUCUUCGCUCGAGGAUCGAAAACUAAAAGAGAGCCUCGAGUAUAUGUUUGUAAAACGUAAGUAGCAAUAUUUUAGUGGAGUGAAAGCACUUUAUAUUAGACGAAGAACCGAUGUAUAUCAACUAAAUAACAAAUCAAUCAAUCAAUCGAUCAAUAAAUUCUACUCGAAGAGUGAUACUGACGAUUCUGUCGAGAAAAUGCAUUGACAAUAUAAAGACGAUUGCUCGGAAAUGUCUAGCGGUAGAAGAGCGACACGUCCCGUCAGGCAGCUGUCAUUGCAGCAGCCUGCGCCGCGUCGGCAGCACAUUAGACGACAGAAAUCAGCGGAGGACGAUUGUAACAAGUCUUUGCAGAUCUAUGCAAAUCCGAUUGCACGUGAUAGAGUAGUCACAAAUGCGACGGACAAGCCCAAGGUGCGAGUCGCCUGGGGCGACGAUCGUCACGAUUGCGAUGGUCUGGCCCAAGUGGAAGUGGUGGCUCGGCAGAUUCCGAGCCGAUCCAGACCCACCACGGGCCGAUCUGGCAGGACUUAUGCCACCACGGAGAAGGCAUCGAUUCUCUAUUCGCGGCAGGAGCUCGCCGAGAGACUGCGGCUCGCGUGGAAGCAUCGCGAGCAGAACAAAGCGAACAUUGACAUUUUCUUGGCACAUAACGUGGCCGUAGAAGAGCGCUGUGAAUCUGAAUUAUCAAUGUCUACUCCUCCAACUCCAUUCUCCGGAGAGGAGUCUGAUUUGAUGAAAGAUGAAAGGAAAAGCUCGCAGAAUCUAAAAAUAUCUGGCAAUUUAGAAGACCGAGAAAAGAAAAGUGAAAUUGAUAAUAGAAGUGAAAGAGAAUGCGAGAGGAAGCUGGAGGUUGCAUCUGCAAUGAUGGAAAAUGAUUUGUUGAUGAAGAAAGAUGAGAAUGUGACAAAAGGGAUGGAAAAAGAGAGAGAAGAGAACGAGAAAACGACAAACACGCAAACUAACUCGGAUAUCGAGGAGAAAAAAAAGAAGACAAAGAUAAACAUCGAUUGUACAAGCCUUCAUCUUUCGACAAAUCAAUUACAUUCUUCAAUGACCUUUCCGUCCUUAAAACCGGAAAACGCAGAUCCAGCGAAAAACAAUGAUAAUUUUUCGGCGAGGCAGAAGCGCGCGAGUUUUCAGAGCGGUACCAAUCGUGCUUUUCUGAUAUCGGAAAAAACUUCGAAGGAGAUCACGGAAGUGAAAGAUAAGAUCGCAUCGGCGAAAUCGAUCGAGAUCAGAUGCGCUUCGGCCGCGACCAGAUCGCCGAUCGACAAAGGCACCAUCCUCGCGAGAAGUUCGUCUACGACGAGUUUGGAGAAAACAAGAAGAACGAGUUCCGCGCCGCCGCAAAGACGUAAUCUGGGACCUGCACCAGGGACGCGCGUUCAAGUAAAUAUCGUGAUCGACGCGCCUGGUCUUACAGAAGCCACAGAUAAGUCGAUCGUUUGCGGAAAAAUGCAGAGUGAAAAAGACGCUGUGGAAAAAAUCGAGGAAAAUUCGACGAAGAUAUUGCGAGGUGAGCGAUCGAUAAGAUCAGCGCCUCUGAAGAAGAGAUCGAAGAGCGCGAAGAGGCGUCUUCUCGCUUCAUCAGGCGGAUGCAAGGACGAGGAGCGUGGAGGACGAAGGAAGAGUUCUGUGGAUCCGAGAACGAGUGACGUGAUAACUAUGGUAUCGCUAGUCAGUUCGGCUGAUAGCGAUAGCGACGCGGAAAACUCGCCAGGCGACGAUAAGCUCAUCAAUGAGUUACGUAGCAAGCUACCCACCAUGCCUAUCAUUAAAACGUCCAUCAAUUCCAACCAUACUGUACCGAGAAAACCUAUCAAGUCAGUCUCCUUUCAGAGAGACUCUUUCGAUGAGGAACCCACCAAGGAUGAGAAGCGGAUCGCCAAUAAUGUUCAACCUCCUUACUUCGGUUUCACCCUCAACGUCAUCCACGGAAACGGUUACAAAGAUUCGUCGGAUAAGCAGGAUCAAGCUGUCGACAACGUCGUCACACCAUCGACACCGACUCUAGUGGCCGUUCCCGUGCUGUCGAUUUCGCAGGAUACUGAGAAAGCGGUGCCAGAGACACCGUUGACCGAUCGCGAGAAGAGGUGCCUGGCGGUGCCGAUCGGCGAGCUGCACGACAAGAAGCGAAAGCUGCUACGAAUGCGGAGUAUACCAAAUCGUCCGAUAAUAACGGAGCAGACAAAUAAUGUACCGAUGGAAAUGAAGGAGCAGAGACCGUGUCUUGCAAUGUCGCGAAUUGAUCUCGUCGCGGUUCCAGUUCCGCCAAUUGAUAUUCCGCUUUCAAAAGUCGAACACUUUUCUAAAGAAACAUUGCCGGCGAAAGAAACACCGCGAGAGAUGAUGCCGUCAGAGCCGCAUUUUCAAACGAUCAAGGAAAAAGAAUGUUGGCAUCUCUACAGACGGAUGUGCGAUAAGGGAGUGUACGUGUCUUUUGACACUGUUUUAAGAGGCAUGCUAACACCGACGGAAUAUAGAUUACGACAGAAGGAAUAUUCACAAGAUUUGCAAUAAAAUUAGCAAAUACAUUGGAUUGCUUUGUUAUAAAAUGUUUAAAUACUUUUUUAAUCAACUGAGACUAUUUUUACUUUAUCGAGUUAGUCGAUUAUCCGAAAAUAUAUAUUUAGAAAUUAAAGAAAAAAAAGAGAAAGAAAUGAGGAAAGUGUAACUAUAUGAAAUGAAUAUAAUUUAUCGUCUUGUACAAAUAUGCUCCUUUUUAUUGUUUUCUACGAAAUAUGUGAAUAUUUUCCUUUUUAUAUAUAAAGAUGUACACAUAUAAAGGUAUACACAUAUCCAUCAUGUAUCCAUAUAUAAAUUUGUGAAGAAUGAAAAGCCUUAAAACAUUCGUUGUAUAAUUAACGCAAAAUGAAUGUCAAAAAUAAUCAUGCUCACCGAUUAAAAGCAAA